CGACGAACCUGAUUGGCCGAGGCCUUGCAAAGAGUGCCCGGGGAUCCAAAAGUACAGGCCGCAUUUAGCUUACUGUCGAAAAAUAAACCAAAACAAUAACAGACUAAAUCAAGAAAGGAUAAAAAUCUGCGAUAUAUUUGAAGGAGUUCAUAAGCAGGACUAUCCAUCCCAAUGGAAGAAGGGAAUAGGGACAGAACAUUGUUGCUAUUUUAGUCUUUGCAUCAAAUGUGAAGUUUCUUCUCUAGCCAACAACUUGAGCUUGAGCUGCUGAAAUUUCCUAGCCGUGGAAGCCGAAGGAGGGAAUCGGACUGCGUUCGUUCUCCAGUAUUCAAGAGCAAUGCUAGGGCCCCAGUUUCAGGGCAAGUCUACAGGCUAUGUCAUUAUACAUUUAAUUUAAUUGGAAACGAUGCAGAUAGCAGGUAUGAGUGUUUACCAUGCUAUAUCGGGCCAAUACGGUAUCAACGACUAGUAUCGGUGCAUCUCUUGUCCAAUCCUUUCUUAAAAUCUUUGUAAUAGAAAUGUUCAAAUAAAAUAAUGAAAAUAAAAACAUGGUUGACUGGUGAACUGUGGAUCUAACGCCUGUCUAUCAAAGCCUUCUUUAGACCCUAAAGAUGGACCACGGUGGAGGGGUCUUGGAGCUGCACACCCAGGAGUUGAAGAUGCCCCAUACGAUGAUCAUGCAGGAUUUUGUAGCAGGGAUGGGAGGCUUGGCUCACAUUGACGGGGAGCACAUCGUAGUGUCUGUGCCCGAGGGCAUGCUGCUGUCUGACGUGAUGACUGAUGAAGGCAUCCUCCUUGAGCAUGGCCUAGAGGUGGAGAGUCUACAGACGGAAGUGGAAGUUGAUGGCUUGGAGGCACACGUGGUCGAUGGCCUGGAAGAGGAAGUGGAGGGCUUAAAUGCAGAGGUGGUGGAAGGCCUUGGAACAGAGGUAGUGGAGCUUGAGGCACAAGUGGUGGAUGGCUUGGAGGAGGAGGUGGAAGUGGAGGAAGAGGGUUUGGAGGCAGAGUUUAUAGAAAGCCUGGAAGCAGAGGUAGAGGUUGAAGGCCUUCAGACGGAGGUGGAAGAAGAGGAGCAGGACCUUGACCAGGAGGACAUAUCUUCGGAUGGAGUGAUGAUGCCAGAGUCCAUCCUGGGGUCAGAGGUUGCGAUAGAGGAUGCCCUAGACUCUCACCACCACGUCCUGACCUCUGAACUUGUCCAUCACCAUGACAACAUGCCAGACCAAGUGUUUGUGGCAGAACUGCUGUCAGAGCACCAGCAGGGGGUGCUAGAUCAGGAACUGGCUGAAGAAGAGGUGCUAGGGGAAGAGGAGGAAGAGGCCCAGGAUCGGGAAGAGCUGGGUGAGGAGGCUGUGGCUCUACAGACAGACGAGGAAGAGGAGGAUGUCAGGAGCAACUCCGAGGACUACCUCAUGAUCUCCUUGGAUGAUGUGGGGGAGAAGCUAGACAUCGGAGACACUCCUUUGGAGAUCAGCACAGAAGGAAUAGAGGAAGAAGAGAACAAGCAGGAUGGAUCUGAGGUCAUCAAGGUCUACAUCUUCAAAGCCGAGGCCGAUGAGGACGUGGAGAUAGGGAGCACAGAGGUGGUGUCAGAGUGUGACUUCCAGAACGGCCAUGCAGUGCUGGAGUCUGGGUCUGGGGCCCGGCUGGGACGAGAGAAGAUGGUCUACAUGGCUGUCAAAGACACUGCCCAGGGAGAUGAGGAGGAACUCAACGUAUCAGACAUGGCUGAGCAGGUGUACAUGGAGGUUAUAGUAGGAGAGGAUGAGUCGGCUGCCAACCAGGACUCCCACUUGGAUGAAUCCCCCAACAACAAGAUGUUCGUCCCCGUGUCCUGGGCUGCUGCCUGUGGUGUAACAGGUGUAGGAAACAACCCAGACGCCUUGAAGAACGGCGCAGCCACACCCUACCUCCAGAUCAGAGAGAGCCUUGCGGCCAACCGCAUGCUCAAACAAAAGACCAAGAAGAAGAAGAAAGGGGAGGCUCGACAAUUCCAGACCGCAGUGAUCAUUGGUCCCGACGGCCUGCCUCUCACCGUCUACCCAUGCCACGUUUGCGGCAAGAAGUUCCGCUCACGAGGCUUCCUCAAGUGCCACAUGAAAAACCACCCAGACCAUCUGCUCAAGAAGAAAUACCAGUGUACUGACUGCGAUUUCACCACCAACAAGAAGGUCAACUUCCACAACCACCUGGAGAGCCACAAGUUGCUGAUCCAUCGAGGAGGUGGCAGCAGUGGAGGUGGAGGCGAGCGUGGCGACCGCAGCCCGGAGUAUACAGAGUACACACGGCGCUACCAUGAGGCAAGUCCUUUAGGAUCUAACAAGCUCAUCCUGAGAGAUAAGGAGCCCAAACUCCACCACUGUAAAUACUGUGACUAUGAGACCGCCGAGCAGGGCCUGCUCAACCGCCACCUGUUGGCCGUGCACAGCAAGAACUUUGCACACGUGUGCGUGGAGUGCGCCAAGGGCUUCCGACAUCCAUCAGAGCUAAAGAAGCACAUGCGCACGCACACAGGAGAGAAGCCCUACCACUGUCCGCACUGUGAGUUCCGGUGCGCCGACCAGUCCAACUUAAAGACUCACAUUAAGAGCAAGCAUGGGGCAGACCUCCCCUACAAGUGCAGCCAUUGCCCUCAGGCCUAUGCCGACGAGCUGGAGCUGCAGCGACACAUGGAGGUGGUACAAGGCCACAAGACCCACCAGUGUCCACACUGCGAGCACAAGAGCACCAACUCCUCUGACCUCAAACGCCACAUCAUCUCUGUGCACACCAAGGACUUCCCCCACCAGUGCGAUGUCUGCGAGAAGGGCUUCCACAGGCCCUCCGAGCUCAAGAAGCAUGCCGAGUCCCACAAGGGCAACAAGGUGCACCAGUGUCGGCACUGCAACUUCACCACCUCUGACCCCUUCACCCUAAGCCGGCACAUCUUGUCAGUGCACACAAAGGACCUCCCCUUCAAGUGUAAGCGCUGCAGGCGUGGUUUCAGACAGCCAGUGGAGUUGAAGAAGCACAUGAAGACUCACAGCGGCAGGAAGGUGUAUCAGUGCCAGUAUUGCGAGUACAACAGCACAGACGCCUCUGGGUUCAAACGUCACGUAAUCUCCAUCCACACCAAGGAGUACCCCCACCGCUGUGACUACUGUCUCAAGGGGUUUAGGCGGCCCUCUGAGAAAAGCCAACACAUAGCUCGCCACCACAAGGACAUGCUGAUGUAGACCUGGCGAGGAGACCACAGAGGCUAGAAGCUCACACAGACGCUCCUCUCUAUUGUCGAUCUGCUUCACGAGACAGUUAAACAAGGUGAUGGAAAACCUCGACCAUUGUAAACGAUGAAGAUCAUGAUUAGAACAAUAUUCUAGCUGACCAAUUUCUGUUCUGUGGUGAUGUGAAAGUAGUUCUUAAUGAACCCAACAUCACCUUACACCCCCUCUCCCUCUUCUUAAAAGCAGUGGGAGAAUAUAUGUGGGUGGGAUGGGGUGAGGCAAGGUGUGUAAAGACUUUAUCCAUGUGGUGGGACGACUAUAUAUCUAGUCGUUGUUGUUAAUGUUUUGUUUUUGCUGCAGAGGAAAUUGCAUAUGAACAUUUAUUCAGGGUUUUGAAAUGUCUAUUUUUAUACAGAGUGACCUGCUUGGCUGCGAAGCUGAGAAAACAACGUCCUUCAAGACAGGACGUGGUGCUUAGUGACCAUCUCACACUUUCUCUUUCCAGAUAUAACAGACUGAUAAAGAUGACCCCAUUAUCCCUCUAUUCCCCUCCCCCACCCAUUAACUUUUACCUUAACAUUUAGUUUUAAAUGCAAUUGCAAUCAUGUCAGUGGAGAGGUUAGUGAGGUCAGGAACAAUGUGGAACCAAGUUUACAAACACAAAGGCACCUUGAAGGGAUGCUCCAGCAGUUUGAACGAUUACUGCUCAUUUUCUGUUUGACCCUGGGGAAGUCUGACAAGAGGUCUUGUCUUGUUUUGUUUGCUAAGUGAUUAGCCUAUUCAAAUAUAUAUAUAUAUAUAUAUAUAUAUUUAAUGGAAAAGGGUUCAAAACAGACCUAUGAUGUUUCUGGGGAAAUUAUCACAAAGGACCAGGGUGAGUGGAAAAUUAGGUGUGAUGAGGUGUGUUAAACUGCUGGAAAAUCUUUUUAAUGUAUAAAAUAUUGGUGCCGAUUAUUAUUAUUAAUCCUUCAAUGUAUUGAUGUCAAUGUAAGCUUGAUGGCUGGAAAACGUUAUAGUUUGGUUCGAACUCAAACCAGUCUCACCUCUGUCCCUUGUGAAUGCCACUGUACUCUGUGUAUGUGUUCAUAUGCAGUAUAAACACGUAUGAAAAAAGCAUGUUUACCAUAGCCAACCAAGGGAUCUGUUGGUCAUGCCUUACAUACGUUCUGUUCUCCUGCACUGAACUCAAAUCAGCCGAAAUAUUGAGCUUGACAUCUUAAUGAAAUCCUGUCAGGUGAUGAAAGCAGCAUUCUCAGUGAGAUUAUAUAUAUAUGUUUAUGUCUGUAGGAAGCACUUUAACUGUUAUUCUUCACUACAAGAAGGGGCGAUAUAUGUAUUCCCUGGAUGUAAUAAGACAAUUACUGGGCUUUCAUGAGUGGAUCGUGUUUGGUUUGGAUGCAGCCUCAGGAUGGCAGGAAAGAUUAUUCAUUUAUUAAUAACAAGCUGUUGGUCAUCCUUGUUUUGUUCCCUGGUAUGCAACUGACUCGUGAAUGGUUGAGCUUUGUGUUAAGUUUCCUGUUCACUUCCCCAACCCACACACCUCCACCACUACCCAUUCUCACACAUUGAAUGGUUAAGAUAUAUUGAUGAGGUAUAUUUCUCUUAAGUAUUCCACAUAAUGCUGUUUCCAUUCAAUUCAAUUAGUGUUUGAAGAAAAGAAAUCCACAAAAUGCAUUUCUUCAUGUACCUUCUGUUAAGUUUUUUUCAGUAUGAUUGUUGACAAACUACUGGUGGGGAGGAACCAAAAUAAACAAAUAUCUUUUUA